AGGGGGCUGAGGGAUGUCCCUGUUUGGGGACGUGGGUGUCACCUCCCCGCUGGGGGUGCAGGAACGGCAGAACAGCCAAAAGGAUGAGAGUGGGACACCGGGCGAGGAGGGACCCCAGGUCUUCACCACUCCCGAGGGACAGGCGCUGCGGGUCAGCCCCGUGCCCGACACCCACCCGCUCCUCGUCUUCGUCAACCCCAAGAGUGGAGGGAAGCAGGGAAAGAGAGUGCUCCGGAAAUUCCAGUACCUGCUGAACCCCCGGCAGGUCUACGACCUGCAGCAAGGAGGACCCAACCCAGGGCUCAAUUUCUUCCGGGACGUGCCAGAUUUCCGCAUCCUGGUGUGCGGCGGCGAUGGCACCGUGGGAUGGAUCCUGGAUGCCAUCGACAAAGCCAACCUGCCCCGACGACCGCCCGUGGCCGUGCUGCCCCUGGGCACCGGCAACGACCUGGCGCGAUGCCUGCGCUGGGGCGGAGGCUACGACGGGGAGAACCUGGUGAAGAUCCUGAAGGACAUCGAGGGCAGCAGCGUGGUGCAGAUGGACCGCUGGCACCUGCGGGUGCUGCCCACCUGCCCCACCGAGGCGGGCGACCCCGUGCCCUACGAGAUCGUCAACAACUACUUCUCCAUCGGGGUGGUACGUGGG